GAGAAGCAAGCUUACAGCCUAAUCCUAAUAGGUAGUAAAAAUAUGUAGAUUAUAUUAAAUUGUCCAGUAAAUUUUUAGAUAAAACACUAAUAUAAAUAGUUCGUGGACAUUAGAAACAUCACAGUCGUGUAAAAAGCAGACAAAAAUAAAUCAAAAUGAGAUUCCUGAUCGCCUUCGCCCUCAUCGCCGCCGUGGCUUCGGCCGCCGUCAGGCCCACCCCUGCGGGCGCCGAGCUCGCCGAGCUGCAGGAGAUCAUCGCCGCCAUCCAGAGCCCCAGCACCGACCCCGCCACCGCCGCCGCGCUCGAGGAGAUGCUCCUCGAUGUGUUGGGCGUCAAGCCUGAGCCCGUCGCCGUCGGCCCCGCUAUCGUCGAAGCUGGCUCUGAGCCCAUCUCUGUCGGCCCCGCCCUCAUCGACUUCCCUAUGCCCGACGGUGGCGUCAUUGCUGAAGAGUCCAUCGUUGCCCCCGCCCCCGCUGUAGUCGCUCCCGCCCCCGCCGCUGCCAGCACUCCCCUGGUCCAGAUCAUCCUGAACAUCAACCAGGCCGCCGCUGAGGCCAGCCCCAUCGCCGUCGGCCCUGCCGUAAUCCCCGAGCCCAUCCAGCCUACGCCCGUCAAUGUGGUGGACUCCGCUGCUGAGCCCGUGCAGGUUGUGGAGGUCGCCCCCGUCCCCGCUGAGCCCGUCCAGGUCGUCGAGGCUGCCCCCGUGCCCGUGGAGCCCGUCGUCAUCGGCACCCCCGUGCUGCCCGAGGCCGCCGUCGUCCUCCCCGAGGAACUCAACUAAACUUUAUACUAUUAAGUACACCAGUCGUCGUGAUAUAAAAUCUCCAAACACAAUCUGUCUUCCAUACCUAAACCGCAAUACCUGCUCCUGUUAUAGGGAGCUGAAACCAAAAUCUCGGAUCAUGCAAUAAACAAUAGUUUCUAUUCUA